UUGCCAGAAAGAUAUUUUAAUAAAAUAAUGUUGAUGUUUUCCUGUUCAUCUGAAAAGUAAAAGAAAUCGAUGAAAAGAAAAACAAAGGUUUUAGGCGCACGUGGUUUUGUCUGUUUUGAUUUGAAGCCGCUGAUGCGUAGCGAACAUUCGGUUAUGUUUGGGGAGAUUUUCGAAAAAGAAAAAAAGGGUCGUGGCAAAUGAAGGCCGUAAUACAAACAUGGCGAUUAACCUUGCUGUGUGGAUGAUUCUGCUUGGUUUAGCAGCUUCACCAUCGGUUUCUGGAAACGACCAAGGUUCGCAGACUAUCAGCGUUCCAGGUUACGGAAAUUAUGAGUUUCAAACCACUACAUGGAUUAACACCAAUACUGCCGAGCAUCGGCCGGCCAUCAGCGUAACCGUUUAUCCUUCGUAUGACAACAACAAUAGUAGUGGCAAUAACUUCACUUUUUCCGGAAACAUAACUAGCGGCGGAGUCGUUUGGGCAAUCUAUUCGGAGAACGUCUACAGUCUGUAUUACUACUCACCAAAGGCAGAAUUCAAUACAUCGUAUAAUGUGAUUGUUGAAGUGAUGGUUUCUAGUGCCAGCAUUGUCACAUACACGGCGAACAUAACAACAUUUGGCUUGUGCAAGUUUUCCGAUAAUAAUCUUACCGACACCCCAAAAGAAGUAACUACCCCAGGGUGGCCUGACAGUUACCCCACCAACAUAUAUUGUAUCUGGAAUUUGACUGCCGAUCCUGGAAAAGUGGUUGAAGUCACUGUAGAGGAGGGUCAAAGUGACUAUUCAGAUUACCUAAUGGCAUUGAGCUACCAGACUUACUCUCUUCUAACCCUGUUUUCGUCAAGUGGCAACAUAACAUCAUCACAACCACACACCUCUGUGACUCCUAACGUUAUUGUGGGGUUUUAUUCAGACCAGUCCAUUACGGGGAAAGGGUUCAGGUUCUCCUACAGGCAAAUAGAUGCAACAAACGACACUUUAAUUACCUACCCAGUAUAUACUUCCAGUGGUUUCUCAUUUUGGGCAUAUACACAUAUAGACGUUUUUUAUAACUUUGGAGUUAGCAUUAGCCUGAAUGUAUAUCCGAACUUUAUGUACGAAUACAACUCAACCGGGAAUUACUCAUUUUCUGGAAACAUAUCAUCAGAUAGUGAAGUUCGACAUAUAUCAGCAGACAACGCCAAUUAUUUUUACUACCAUGCCACAAACUUUACCCAAAACACAACAUAUACUUUGUAUAUUGCAGUUUCAGAUAGUACAAACACUACUAUUGCAAAUUAUACAACAACUUUGGUAACAGCUACUGUGCACAUGUUUGAUGAUGCUGACUUAUCUGGGACCCCAAAAGAAGUAACUACUCUUGGUUGGCCAGGAAAUUACCCGGAAAAUACAGCCAGUGUUUGGAUUUUAAAUGCAGACCCUGGAAUGGUGGUUCAGAUCACUGUACAUGAGGGUGGUGAUUAUACUUAUUUUGCUACCUUGAUUGGACAAGACCAUGCUCCAAAUAGUACCUUCUCCAUGGGUUUCAUGUACGUUUAUGGAAACGUAACAACAGAUCAAAUUUACACUUCUAAAACCGCAACGGUUUAUAUUAGUUUUAUAUCGCACGUAUUCUCACCAAAAGGAUUUAGAUUUUCUUACAUCCAAACAGAACCUUCAAAUGACACUUAUUCAACCAUGCCAACAUAUGGUAACUCAACCAUGCCAACUUAUGCAAUCACCACUACAGCUUCUGCUCCAACUGUUCCUGUGUUGCCACCAGUGCAAGUUACAGCAACAGGAGGUAAUGGGAUCAUCUACGUGGACCUUGGUUCAUCUCGAUACAACUACACCAUUACUUUUGAUGCCCAGAACAUUCAAGUCACAAAUGUGGAUUCUUACAUUAUUGAAGGCCUUGGUGCAGAUCUAGAAUUUGAGUUUGAAGUUGAAGCAUAUUUUGAUGGUGAACUUCUCUCCACUUUGACACUUACUGCUGAAACAAAAUCUUGCACUGAAACUUGUACCAACGCUGUCUGUGUUGUGGCAACUGGUAACGUGCAAACCUGUAAAUGUAGGCCAGGAUAUACUGAAGAAGAAACAAAUACAGUUGCUCUCAAUAUACAGAACUUGCAGCAACCAAGCUGUGUAGAUGUUAAUGAAUGUGGAAUGCCAUGGAUCACUUGCCCAGCAAACUCUGUCUGUUCCAACACUGUUGGAUCUUUUGUAUGUCGCUGUGGAUCUGGAUUUACAAUGGAGAAUGGAGUGUGUACACUUAUCAACUUGUGUGAAAAGAGCAUACUUUGUGAAAAUGGUGGAACCUGCACUCCAUUGCCUGGAGACUUUAGGUGCGAGUGUCCACAAUAUUAUAGUGGGAAGUCAUGCAAAGAUUACACAUCACCAUGUAUAGGUGGACCCUGUGCAAACCUUGGUACUUGUAAUGAUCUCGGUGGUUCAUACUCCUGCUCUUGCACUCAAGCAUAUUCAGGUCCAACAUGCCAAACAGAUGUAAAUGAAUGUACAGCUGGCAUUAGUACUUGUGUUGCGAAUGCAUUCUGUACCAACACAGUAGGAAGUUAUAGAUGUACAUGCAAUGAAGGCUACUCAGGUGAUGGGUUUGUCAAAUGUAAUGUUGAUGUAUUGUUGCCAUAUGGAGAAAAUGCAAUGGAUGAAUUGUUGACUAUUGGUGAUGAUGUAGCUUCACCAAAACUAACCAUUCCAUUUCCAAUGGCAUUUGGACAGAGAACAUUCACCACUUGCCGUGUAACUUCUAAUGGUAUAAUUACCUUUGGUCCUGAGUCUUGGCAUGUGCGAUACUUGUACCAACCUCGCCAGAACGGGUUCGGUUCUUAUAGAGUAGCAAUGCUGGCUCCAUUCUGGGAUGAUUUCCAUCCAAGCAGGUUCAAUGACGGCCGUGUUUAUUAUCAGGUUUACAACAAACAAUCCACAACUCUGUCUGUCUCUGCCUCUGCCGUGGUUGCAGAAGUGGACAAAAGGAUCGGAGAAUUUGUAGGAAACACAAAUUUCAAGUCAAGUUAUGUUUUGAAAGCAACCUGGCAUAAUGUGGUCAUGUAUUAUGAGUAUUACAACAGAGAUUAUCCCAGCACCUUCCAAGCCAUUUUAGCCUCAAAUGGAGAGGAGACAUACGUAAUAUACAACUACAAGGAGGAUGCAAUGUUAUGGAAUGUAGACAAGAGAUACUAUGAUAACAACAGAGCUUUGAUUGGAUAUACAAAUGCACAAGACCUUGAGUUUAUUGAAGUACAAGGAGAAUACAGGCCUGACAAACGACCGCAAACCGGUGGAACUAGAAACGGGCAGUAUUUCUACCAUUUGACACCAAGCUCCUCUAAAACUUCCAAGUCAAGUGCAAAGGCUGCAUGUAUGGCUUGGUACAAUGAAGAUAAGGAUGAUAAAACAGAUGGAUGGCUGGAGUCAAAUACAACACAGCCAUGCCCAUGCACUGCUGCACAAGCCAUACUUGAUCCACGCUUUGCACUUAGUGUUGAGGUUCAUCUGAACUGGAUUAAGUUAUUUACCGACUGGUACUCGCAAUAUUCAUGGUGGUCAGAUUAUAAUUACGUCAAUGGAAGCAGCAUUGAAACUGAUGAAUGGAAUUAUGAAGAAACUGCUUACCACCGGUGUUACCAACUACGUAGCAACACUGGGCCACGUUGUUGCUAUGGUAGCAGAGAAACCGAAUUCAAUAUCUUUUGGGGUUGGUGGAUUGGUGGGCCCCUUCUACAAGGCCCAAUGAGUAGCAGAUAUGAGAGAUACCAGAUUCCAUUGGUGGAAGACAGUACUGAUUGGUGGGAUUGGAUUUAUUACAGAGACCAAGCAAGAUUUAAUGAGCAACUCAGGCUUGCUUUAGAAAAAGAUCUGAUUCCACGAAGGCAAUGUUGUAUUGAGAGUGAAUCUGACUACUACUGUGAUUUGUACAAGCAGAGAAGACCAGCAGCAACAUGCGAUGGAUAUGAACAAGUCUUUCCUAGCUGGACAUUUGGUGACCCCCAUAUUACCACUAUUGAUAGCAACCAAUAUACUUUCAAUGGAGUAGGAGAAUUCCAUUACUUGUAUGCACCCGGUGUUUUUAGUAUUCAAGCUCGUAUUAAAAAAGCAACUACAGCCGAUGGUGGUGAAGCUGGUGGAACCAUCUUUGUUGCUUUUGCUGUGAAGGAUCAUGAAUACAGUAACUCAGGCACUGUUCAAUUUGACAUUGACUCCUCUCAUGUUAAUGGCACAGGAGUCCUUGUAUCGGUCAAUGGUGUUUCACAGACACUAACAACAGUUGAGACAUCUAUUAACCAAGUAAGUUUAUCAAUAAAAGAUGGAUCCUACCAAGCUAAAUUUCCUUCUGGUUCAUCAGUUGUUGUGUCUGCUGCAGAAUACAUGCUAAGUAUGCAGUUUACUGGAGAUACUGGAAGUUUAAGGAAUGUGUCAAAGGGAUUACUUGGGAAAUGGAAUGGAGUGAAAGAAGAUGAUUUUGAGUUAAGGAAUGGAACUAUUCUUACUUGGGAAGACUUACAACCAACAGAUAACUUGGAUAUUUUGAAUGGAACUUUGCUGGAGCAGAAACUUUACACCUUCGGUCUUUCUUGGCAAAUAACAGAGAGUGAGAGUGUUUUCAACUACAGUGGGGGUGGUGACACUUUUGCCUUGCAUAACCCGACACCAACAUCUGAGCCUCCAUUCCUGGAGGUGCUUGUUGCCCAGCAGGCCACAGAAAGCCAUUUCCAAUCUGUUAAGGAGAACUGCACAACAAAUGGGGUGGUAUCAACCACUUGUUUAUAUGAUGUGCUGGUCACGAACAGGACUGCCAUAGGGCAGGCAACUUUAACAAAUUCUGAUUCUUCAACAGCUGCUGCUGCGGCUAACUCAAACAACCCACCUAAUAUAACAGUGGUAGAUGGAGCUAAAAUUGAAAAUGGAAACACUUUCUUGGCCCAACUGACCAUACUUUCAACAUUCAGUGUUUCCGCUGUUGAUCCAGAUGGUGACAGUGUUACCUUUUCAAUUUUUGCCAACAAUUCUAUAUCUGGCAUCACUAUUGACUCAAGCACUGGAGUUGUAUCAUGGACACCAAAUGAUGCAAACAAGAUUACAGGAAAUACGAACCAAACCCUUGUCAUACAAGCCUUGGAUGGGAAGGGUGGUGAAGCUGUGUUGAACAUCAAUAUUAAACUGUGUGUUUGUGCUAAUGGUGGAAGUUGUCUAAAUGAUGAAAUAGUAAUCGGAAGAGAAAAUUAUGCGAUUGUUGGUUGUAAUUGUACUGAUGCUUACUCUGGUGAUGAUUGUUCAGAAGAUAGGAAUGGAUGUCUCUUGUCAGCUUGUUUUGCUGGUGUAACAUGCACUGAUAACCCUGCACCUGCUACAGGGGAAACUUGUGGAGAUUGUCCAGCAGGAACCACAGGUGAUGGUAGAAACUGCACCAACAUCAACCAUUGUGAAUCGAACCCAUGUGCUCACCUUUGUGAACCACUUUAUAAUGCUUACCAAUGCACUUGUAAUGAUGGAUAUCAAUUAAAUGCAAACAAUCGCACUUGUGAUGACAUAAAUGAAUGCACAGAAGCCACACCUUGUAAUGUGAAGCCUAACUCACUUUGCAACAACACAAUUGGAAAUUACACUUGCUAUUGUCCUUCUGGAUUCAGUGAAGGCAACAACAGAUGUGAUGAUGUAAAUGAAUGUACAGCAAAUACAUUCACCUGCCCAUCCACUGCUACCAGUUGCUUCAAUAAACUGGGGACAUAUGGAUGUUCCUGCAACUCUGGAUACUCCAGAGCUGCAGGUGCAGAUGAGCAAUCAGCUUGUACUGACACUGAUGAAUGUGCAUUGAACCAACACACAUGUGAUAGUGUAACGCAAGUGUGUAGGAACAUUGAACCUGGUUUUCAAUGUGAUUGCAAGACAGGAUUCGAACUUGUGAAUGGUGUAUGUGAUGACAUAAGAGAAUGUCAAAACUCCCUACUAAACAACUGUACAUCACCAAACAUGCAAUGUGUUGAACAAGAACCAGGCUUCUCAUGUGCUUGUUUGCCAGGAUACCAACUUAAUGGGCAGUUAUGUGAGGACAUCAAUGAAUGCUUGACAAGUGGAAUCUGUCCAGUGAAUAGCAACUGUGUGAAUAGAGAUGGGGGAUACACAUGCAUAUGCGACCCUAACUAUGUCUGCCCUGUGAAUCCAUUUGUCAACCCUGUCACUGUACUGAGUAAAUCCAGGAGUUGUAUGACAAUUAUCGUUGAUGAAGGUUCACUUUAUGGUCUCUAUGAGGUUAAAGCUGUUUCUGACCAAAACAACUUCUUGAUCAACUCCACAACAAUUAAAACAAGAUUAUGUGGUUUGUCUCCAAACACCAAUUACAAUAUCAGUGUUAGGGUUCUUGCGUUGAAGGAUUCAAAUGAUUUUUACACAACCACUGAAUUCAGUCAAGUCACAGUGGCUACAACAGAUGCUACAAAGAUCCGUUUCUCCUUACGCAUCACAUCUGAAACAUACACAGCAGAGAUGGCAGAUAUUAAUUCCGCUGCAUCACUUGCGCUGAGGAGUCGUCAUGAGAGCACACUGAACUCUGGAUUAACCUUCAACGUUGGAGGAAAUUCUGUGACAUCAUCGGCUGUUCUCUUCAUCAGAUUAACAUCAGGAAGUGUUCGUGCAGAUUCUGAGGCUUCUCUUACUUCUCGUAGUCUUGCUGACUCAACAGCAACUGCAGAUGGUUCAAAUCUUAACUCAGCAAACUAUGCGAGUCUUGAAACAAUCACGAAUGUUCCCAAACCACCUGCCAAUCUCAUAAUUAGUGAAGUUACUGAUUCUAUGAUUACUUUAAGAUAUGAUGCUGUUGCUGGAGCUAUUCAGUAUGAAGUGCAGUUAACACAUGGACAAAACAUUAGCAGCUACAUGACCACAGCCACAACGUACACCAUAAGCAAUGUUCCAUCUAACACCAUAUGUUCAAUUCAAGUCCGUGUCAUUGCGACUGUUGGAACAACUGCAGCUGCACGAUCUGACUUUUCCGACUCAAUUGAAACAACCACUCGCCCUGUUGUUCUUGGUCUCCUAGUUUCCUCUAUCACUGAGACAAGUGCAGUGAUCACCUUCAGCUCAGUAACAAGGGGCGUGUACUACACGGUUCAAUCAGAUUCCAGCUCCAACAACCUCACCCAAUCAAGUGUCGUUUCUGGAAGUUUAAGUUUGAGUGUAGGGGGGUUGGUCAAAAGUAACACUUAUACAUACACUGUGGUAGCAGUUGCUUUAGAUGUAGAUGGUAAUCAUCAUUCAAGCGCACCAGCAACUGUUACUUUUACUACAAGUGGUUUGUGUGGAAACAAUCCUUGUUAUAAUGGAGGUCUGUGCUCGGAGAUUGGAACUAUUGUUGGUUGCACGUGCCCAUCAGGCUUUACAGGACUGCUGUGUGAAAGCCAAGACAAUUCUGAUGCAUUGAAGAUUGGACUUGGAGUUACCGGUGGUCUUAUUGGUGGAGCUCUGAUUGUUCUUUUCUUGUUUUGGUUUGUUAAGAAGAGACCAGCAGCAUAUACACUUCAUCCAGAAGAAAAACCAACAAGAUUUGAAGAAUAAGGAAUAAAAAAAAGAAUUUCUGUGUUAGUUUUGUAAAAAUUGUGUCAAAAAGAUUUUUAAUAAGAAGAUUAGAUAUGGUGUCAGUCUUCUUUCAAAUUGUGAAUUGGUUUCUAAACUGUUGUAUCUUACCUACAUUAAGUAUUUAAAAUGUUAUACGUAUACAAUUGUUGGUUGUAAAUAAAGUAUUUUUGUAU